AGGGGGGCACACCCUGCUGACUGACGGGUAUCGAUGCAACGGCGCACCGGGCGGCUCCGUUUCUCUGUUUCAUUUAUGAGCGACGACCCGUCGCGGAGGAGCCACUGACGGUCAACUUUGAGGAAACGCAAGUGUUGGCCAUGGAGGGAAGGAUUUUUGGUUUGCUUCUGCUGUGUCUGGUGAUGGCGAGCGUCGGUGCCCUCAAUGUGGUGAUCCCGCUGGAGACGUACGAGUUUGCGAGGGGUGACAACAUCACGCUGCCCUGCUCCUUUACUACCACGAAACCUGCUGACAGUCUCAAGAUCAUCACAUGGUCUGCUGAGGCUGAUAAAGCGAACGCUAAAGAGACGGUGAUCGUCACCUACUUCUCUGACCCCGGAACUACAGACAUCAAGUCCAUGUAUGAAGGCCGCGUACUUCUGGACCUCAACCUUCCCACCGGAAAGGCCAACCUGAAACUGUCGUCCAUCACUCUAGCGGACAACAAAGUGUUUGAGUGCCGGGUCCUGAUCCCCGGUGAUGACGAGGGCACACCGGCAGACACCACACGCUUGGUGGUUCUAGUGGCGCCGUCAAAACCCAUCUGUGAGAUCCAGGGUAAGGCAGAGUACGGCCAGAACAUCAACCUGACCUGCAGGUCUGAGGAAGGCUCCCCACCACCCACCUACAAGUGGGAGAGUCGCGAUGUGCGGAACGCGCCUCGUCUCGCAGACCCCCGAACCACCGACAAGGGCGGCAUCCUGUCUCUGUACAAUAUCUCUAAAGAAACAUCCGGAUACUACACCUGCACCUCAAAGAACAAGAUCCGCUCUGCCUCCUGCAACAUCACCCUGUCCGUUAUGCCACCUUCCAUUAACGUUGGUUCCACCACGAUAAUCAUUGUCGUCGUCAUCGCUGUAUUGCUCUUGCUUGCUAUCAUCACCUUUUUCUGCUGCCGCCACCACAAGAAGAAGAAGGAGCGGGAGGCAUACGCCAUGGGAGUCCGCAAGGAAGAGUACGAGGACAAGGAAGAGCCGCCGAGAAAUGGUGAGAGUCGCCGAGCUGAUGGGCAGGAGGACAAUCGCGACAAUUACGAAGAACGGAGCGAGCGCGGCGGCAAUGACGACCGGCGCAGGGAUUACGGCGACCGCCGCAGCGAUUGCGACGACCCCCGCAGCGACUAUGACGACCGGCGCAGCGACUACGACGACCGCCGCAGCGACUAUGACGACCGCCGCAGCGACUACGUCGACCGCCGCAAAGACUACGACGACCGCCGCAGUGACUACUCUGACCGCCGCGACCGCUACCCUGACCAAGACGAGCGCUCCAAUGAUAAUCGGCCUUACGAUGAUGCCCGGCGCUAUGAUGACCGCUACGAUGAACCGCACGACGACCGUAAAAGUGACAGACCACCCGUGCCAAACAAUAAACCACCGAGGAGGGACUACGAUGAGUAAGGACUCCGAUCUGUACCAACCACUGUCCUCCGUCUUCCACUUUACUCAAGGUGUGACCUAAUUGGCUCGAACGACAUUUAAAGGCCUAGCUAUGACAUAAUUGGGUGAAAAUGUGCCAUACGUAUAGGCUACUAAAGAUAAAUAUGAAAUGCAUCACAGUUUUGGUUUUGGUCAUACAUCACAGUACAGUAUCAUUGGUGUGACUUGAAGUAGCGACAGGGAGGGUCAGUUAGCGAAGGACAGGGAACAAAAAAAAGUUAAUUGGAAAAGGGUGGGCGGGGUCAACAGUUACAAUACCUUCAGAAAUAGAAAGAAAUACUUGUGUUCUCACUGAUUUUUUUUUUUUUUUUUUUUGUUUUCUCUGUGACAUGAUUAUCUCAGUCUCAGGGAUCUGUGGGUAAAUCUCAGGAUAAACUUUUCCAGCAUCCCACAACUUAUCCUUACGCCACAAAGAGGUGAUCCCAUCUCUGCUUGUGAGGUUAGACUGGUUGUUUGCUGAAUGCCCUCCCCCCCUUCAACAAAUGUGGCGGUGUAGUGAGAAGGGACGGAAAUGCUAACUGCAGCAGCAGGAAGUUAGCUAAAAAGAUAACAUUGCUGAUAGCAUCUUUAAGGUCCAGUGUGUAACAAUAACAAAGGGUUUACUGUCAGACCCUGAAUGUAACCUGAAUAACCAUAAAUGCUAGUUAUAGCUCAGGGUAUAACCCUAACCCUACAUGCUGUACCUCCUCCAUGUCUUAUGGACGUUACACAAUACUGUCGCUAGAGGGCAGUGCCGAGUGACAGGCGGCAACAAACAUGUUUAAUGUUACUGAAAUGGAGUGGAGGAGUCCUCUGUUUUUUUGCAUUCUGCAGUCUCACCAUUAGAUGUCACUAAUUCUUACACACUGGACCUUUUCCGGUAUAAACAGCCCAAGACCAUUUGUACCUUUUUGUUGUAAAGCAAAAACUCACGCCCCAAAAAUAUUUUAAAAAUGAACAAAUAUUUCACAGAUUCCCCACCAGAAUCAAUAUUUUUUAUACAAUAUUCCACAUACAGUAUGUGUGUGUGUGUAUGUGUGUGUAAAUACAUGCUAACUGCAGCUCAAUCAGGUUUGGUCACAUUCUGAAGGUGAGACACAAACACACUGUGAGACAAAUGUGCUGCCUGACUGUGUGUUAUUUAGAAAUACUGUGGAAAUUCACCUUUAACUGAAUGCAAGGCCUAAUGACUGUGUGUGUGUGUGUGUGUGUUUGUCUUGAUUUUAGCUGGUUUUAGCUGUGGGUGUCAUGGUGGUAGUGUUCUUUUUUUUUUUAUUUGUGUAUUUUAAUUUUUAGGAAGCAGUAAUCACAUUGAAGAGACACACCUCAGUUUUCUGUCUUUCUUUAUGCUUGUCAGAAUUAUGGAAUUGUAUACUGCGUUAUUGUAUAGAAACAGGCACUGAACCAUUUAAUGUUCAGUCUUUCUCUAUUUUCUUCCUUAAAAGCUUUUAAAAAACAUAUCUUUAUAGAGAGUUUUGUUGAAUUUUCUGAAAAUAAAAAUCAUAAUAUAAAUGGAUGCAGGUCUAGACAUUGAACAUAUCAAAUAUGUAAUAGAUUAUUCAUCAAUAUUUGGAUAAUAAAGAGUUUUCUUAAAUGUGAUUAUUUUCAUUUUUUGUUCCAUAUAACUGAAUCAUUUUUGAUUCAGUUUUUUUGAAUCCAAAAUAUAAUAUUAUUACAUUUUAUGGAUCAAUCAAGUAAACGAUGAACCAAUUGUGAAAAUAAUGGUUAGUUGCAGCCCUGUUACACCCCGCUCAUCACCGUCUGAUGAGUUUUAUUACGUCAUGAUGUUGUAUAUAUUUCUGUUGAAAUGUAAGGAAAUAUAAUCAGCUACACAAUAAGCAAUAAUACAUAAUGUGAGGUUUAACUGUGUUUUAUCAAAAUGAGUGCAGUAAAGUGUAAAAUGUGUCAAAAUGAUAA